ACGGGGAGUGAGGCGGUGUCUUCAACAACUUGUCUGGCUGUCGCUGCUCCUCUCCUCGGCGCAGCAGCGGCUUAACAUGGAAGUGAAGUUCGCUCCCUUAAGAGCUUGGGACGAUUUCCUAUUUGGCUCCACGCGUUUCGCCCAGCCAGAUUUUCGAGAUUUAGCUAAAUGGAACAAUCGUGUCGUCAGCAAUUUGCUGUUUUAUCAGACCAAUUACUUCGUCGUGGCUGUCUGUGUCUUCCUACUUAUCGGAUUUAUGAAUCCAUUGGAAAUCAUCUUAGGAGGAGCAGUGGUAACGGUGAUUUUCAUGGGCUCUGUUUGGGCCUCGGAAAAUAAGGCAACAAUCGGUAACUUUAAGCGCCAGCAUCCAACUUUCUUUGUUUUGGCCGUUCUAAUGAUGAGCUACUUUUUCAUUUCCAUAAUCGGGGGUGUGAUGGUUUUCUUGCUUGGAAUCACAUUACCACUAUUUUUAAUAUUUGUGCAUUCUUCUCUACGGCUUCGGAACCUUCAGAAUAAGUUUGAAAACAAGAUGGAAGAGGUCGGACUUAAGAAAACUCCCAUGGGAAUCUUACUGAAUGCGCUUGGUCAGGAACAGGAGCACAUCUCUAAAAUUGCUGAUAUUUUGUCUACUCAAGGCAAACACUAACAAGGUUCUGACUAAUUUAGCAUCUUUAGUAUGUGUUAUGUUGUAUUCCUGGAGUAAGAUUUUUUUUGAAAAGCCUUAAGCUGGUAUUGUCCAUUUUCAAGUAUUCCAAGCUUUAACAAGCUGAUAUUAAUGCUGUUGCAAAGUACAACUGGAAAUACUUUUUUUGGCAAGUUACAACGUAUUGUGGAAAAUUAAUUGCUUGAUACAGUGACAGUAUGCCGUUUUGUCUUUGUGUACCUUAGAACAGUUCUUAACUGAAUCCCAGAUGACAUGGUAAACUAACAGUUUAUCUGGAUGAUACAUAAUCUUGCACUUUCUUUAUUACUUGUAUUUAUUUAAUUGGUUAAGGUCUGAUUUAGGAUGGAAGGAUAUUAUCUUAAUUAUUUAGAUUCGUAUGAGUAAAAGAACCAGAAUGUAUAGAUUUAAUGGUGUAGGGUUAUGUAGAGGCACAUUGUUGACAUUUUCACAAUUGAAGUUCUCAAUCCCAGCUUCAAAUGGAUCAAGUUGCACAUUCUUCCUGUGUGAUGUGAUCUUGUUUGCAAUUUGAAAAUGUAUAUAAAAUACUUUUUUUAAAAAAAAAUUGUUUGGUAUUUGGGGAGUUGGAACGAUCAGUUUAUCUUUUUAUUCCACUUAAUAUGGUCUGCAACAUUGGGUGAUAGAAAUUAAAUACUGUAUAAAACUGAACUUGAGUAAAACACAAAGCAAACAUCUGUUUUCAUAUAUGAACUGUCGAUGUAAAAUGGAGAACACGUAUAAGGAAGUCACGCCAUCAGAACGUGAAAGUUAUGCAAUCAUCGUUUAGUAUCCAAAUCAAUUUUUACAAAACCUCUUAGUCAUGGAAAAUGAGUUUCAACAAACUGGUAUCUUUGAAAAAAUUGGCUUUUUGACAAAACUGUAAUUGUAAUGCUUUGUUUUAGAAAAGCUGUUAAAUGUGAAGUAUGAGCUCAUGAUGAAGAAUUUGUUGUAUAAAGUGUUACUAAUGUGUUUGAAUUUUCAGGUCCAAAGAUAUGCAAAAUACCUUGCAUGCAAUAAAGCUACUUUAAAUUAC